UCCACCUGAAGCACUUCCACGCCGCUCUUGUGACACACUUUUUGUUUACUACGCCUUGAGAUGUGACUCCCCGACACUGUGGCUAUCUGCUGGACUAUUGCUAAGCGAAGGGAUUCCUUUGACGCACACCCAUCGGGCGUGUUUGGCAAUUUGGGGUGGACAAGCUGGGGAGACCCACAACAUUCUGCCAUGACAGUGGAUUUGUUUGCGCUCCUCGGCGUGAUGCUCAUCACUUGUUCAGCGAUGGAAGAAACCGUAAUGGACACUCGAGUGGCCACAGCUGAACUGGGCUGGACAGCGUAUCCUAACUCUGGGUGGGAGGAGGUGAGUGGCUACGAUGAGAACCUGAACACCAUCAGGACGUACCAGGUGUGUAACGUCUUUGAGUCAAGUCAAAACAACUGGCUCCUCACCACCUUCAUCGAUCGGAGAGCGGCACAGCGCAUCUACGUGGAGAUCCGCUUCACCGUGCGCGACUGCAGCUCCAUCCCCAACGUGCCUGGCUCCUGCAAGGAGACGUUCAACCUUUACUACUACGAAUCUGACGCUGUCAUCGCCACCAAAGGAACUGCUUUCUGGAUGGAGGCGCCCUACCUCAAGGUGGACACCAUAGCUGCUGAUGAGAGCUUCUCACAGGUGGACUUCGGAGGGCGCCUCAUGAAGGUCAACACGGAAGUCCGUAGCUUUGGCCCGCUCUCCAAAAACGGCUUCUACUUGGCCUUCCAGGAUUACGGUGCCUGCAUGUCUUUGCUGUCAGUCAGGGUGUUUUAUAAGAAAUGCCCGAGCGUGGUCCAGAACUUUGCAGUCUUUCCAGAAACGAUGACAGGCGCCGAAAGCACCUCCCUGGUUAUUGCCAGGGGCAUUUGCAUUUCCAACUCGGAGGAAGUGGAUGUUCCAAUAAAGCUCUACUGUAAUGGAGACGGGGAGUGGAUGGUUCCAAUUGGCAGCUGCACUUGCAAGGCAGGCUUUGAACCAGACAAUGGCAAUGUCUGUCGAGCAUGCCCACCAGGUACUUUCAAGUCAACGCAGGGUCCUGGUCUGUGCCUUCAGUGCCCUCCGAAUAGCCGCUCCACUGCUGAGGCCGCCACCAUCUGUGUCUGUCGCAAUGGCUACUACCGCGGUGACGCUGAUCAGCCAGAUGAACCCUGCACCAGUGUCCCAUCCAGCCCGCGAAAUGUCAUAUCCAUUGUGAAUGAGACGUCUGUGAUCCUCGAGUGGCAUUCUCCAAGGGAGACGGGCGGCCGCGGUGAUGUCGUUUACAACAUCUUGUGCAAAAAGUGCCAGGCCGACCGGCGCUCCUGCUCCCACUGUGACGACAAUGUGGAAUUUAUCCCUCGUCAGCUGGGUCUGACCGAGACCAGGGUGUUCAUCAGUAACCUGCUGGCGCACACGCUAUACAGCUUUGAGAUACAGGCUGUCAACGGCGUCAGCAAUAAGAGCCCCUAUCCGUCACAGCAUGUGUCUAUAGACAUCACCACCAACCAGGCCGCUCCCUCCAUUGUUCCCAUCAUGCACCAGAUCAGCUCCACCAUGAAUAGCUUCACGUUGUCGUGGCCACAACCAGAACAGCCCAAUGGUAUCAUUCUGGACUAUGAGCUACGUUACCAUGAGAAGGACCACGCGGAGAUUAACUCCACCAUCCUGCGAAGCCAGACUAACACGGCACGUGUGGAGGGCUUGCGCUCGGGCACUGUGUAUGUGGUCCAGGUGCGGGCACGGACCGUUGCUGGUUUUGGCAAAUACAGUAGCAAGAUGUGCUUCCAAACCCUCACAGAUGAUGACUUUAAAUCGGAGCUGAGGGAACAACUUCCUCUAAUUGCGGGGUCAGCGGCAGCAGGAGUGGUCUUCAUAGUUUCGCUUGUUGCCAUCUCCAUCGUAUGUAGCAGGAAAAGGGCCUACACCAAGGAGGCAGUCUACAGUGACAAGCUGCAACAUUACAGCACAGGAAGAGAACUCUCUUUGCGAGCCGACAUGUCUAACUGCCCCUCACCACUGGGCUGCCCGACCCACUUCUCAGGCUCCCCAGGGAUGAAGAUCUACAUCGACCCCUUCACGUACGAAGACCCCAACGAAGCCGUCCACGAGUUCGCCAAGGAGAUUGAUGUCUCAACUGUUAAAAUCGAGGAGGUCAUCGGUGCAGGUGAAUUUGGGGAAGUAUACAAGGGCCGUCUGAAGCUGCCCAGUAAGAGGGAGAUCUUUGUCGCCAUCAAAACCCUGAAGGCAGGCUACGUCGAGAAGCAGAGGCGUGAUUUCCUGUCCGAGGCGUCUAUCAUGGGUCAGUUUGACCACCCCAAUAUCAUCCGCCUGGAGGGCGUCGUCACUAAGAGCCGACCUGUCAUGAUCGUCACAGAGUUUAUGGAGAACGGAGCCCUCGACUCGUUCCUUAGGCAAAACGAUGGCCAGUUCACAGUGAUCCAGUUGGUGGGAAUGAUGCGUGGGAUCUCUGCCGGCAUGAAAUAUCUCUCCGAGAUGAAUUACGUGCACCGAGACUUGGCCGCACGCAACAUUCUGGUCAACAGCAACCUGGUGUGUAAAGUGUCCGAUUUCGGCCUGUCGCGCUACCUGCAGGAGGACACCUCUGAUCCCAGCUACACCAGCUCUUUGGGUGGAAAGAUCCCUGUGAGGUGGACCGCACCGGAGGCCAUCGCUUACAGGAAGUUCACGUCCGCCAGCGAUGUGUGGAGCUACGGCAUCGUCAUGUGGGAAGUGAUGUCAUUUGGAGAGAGGCCCUACUGGGACAUGUCCAAUCAAGAUGUGAUUAAUGCCAUCGAGCAGGACUACCGUCUGCCGCCGCCUAUGGACUGCCCCAGUGCGCUGCACCAACUCAUGCUGGACUGUUGGCAGAAGGACCGCAACGUCCGACCCCGCUUCACAGACAUCGUCGGCACCCUGGACAAGAUGAUCCGUAACCCCACCAGCCUAAAAGCUAUCGCCAACAUCCCUGCAGUGCCUUCUCAGCCACUGUUGGACAGAUCUAUACCCGACUUCAACACCUUCAGCUCUGUAGAAGACUGGCUCAGCGCCAUCAAGAUGAGCCAAUACAGAGACAACUUCCUAAACUCAGGCUUCACGUCCCUGCAGCUGGUGGCUCAGAUGACCUCAGAGGACUUGCUACGAAUAGGCGUGACCUUAGCCGGACACCAAAAGAAGAUCCUCAGUAACAUCCAGUCCAUGCGGGUGCAGAUGAGCCAGUCACCCACCACCAUGGCAUGACUACAGCGGGCGCCGUGGCACGGAGCGGGCAGCAUUCGGAGGACCGCCACCGACAGCAGCAACUGCGGCCCUCGAAUGACCCUCGAUCCGUCGGAACGUGCCAGGAUCGAGACUGUCGUCUUAAUCUGAACCACACGAGGAGACCAGGGUCUACAUUUCCACACUUAAAAAAUCCACACGGAGGAGUUCAGGGUCCACACUUGCCGCACCACAAAGGAAGCUGUUGUGGUUAGGUACUCUCCACAAACAGAAAAUUCCUCAGCAGUAGUCGGGAUUGCUAAUGUUGUCCCUCUGUAUUAUCUGGACUAUUUUAGAAACAACAUGUGAUCUGUGAUUUUUAUUUUUCAACUCGUGUGCAAUGAAGAUGCCUUGACGUGGCCAGACGUAAGUGGUAGAAUACUAAAAUAAUCACUAGUGAGAGUAAUUAGGGGGAGAAGAACACAGGGAUAUACAGGGAUUGAACUGCUCACGUCAUCUUUUUUGUCUUUGCAUUUUUGAUGUCCGUUGCAAGACGGCCCACUUUUGCAUUUAACACUACCUAAAGAGUCAUGGGUGGGAGGCCUUGCCCGCCGUCAGAGAAUAUAAAUAUGUUUAUCUCUUGCUGAAUAUGAUUAUAUCUUUCGUAAUAGACCUUCAUAUUGAAGGUGAUGCUCAUGAAUGUGUAUGUACAGGACUCUCUGCUUGCAUUUUUGGCAAAGACUGGUUAGACACAUGCAAUGUGAAGCUUCCUAAAACGCCCUGGAUCCCUUUUAAUGAAGGGACUGUGGGAUUGUAUGUCUUCUGGAUCCAGGGUCACAACUUGACUCACAGCCCUUACAUAAUGGAUAUGUUAAAAGACGGAAAAAAAGAAAAAAAAGUGAAGUAUUGGUAUUGUAGAGCUACAUGAAAAUUGCUGUGUAGGAGUUCCCCAAAAAAGCAUUUUAUUGGAGAUCAUGUUUUAAUGUGGGUGUACACUCGCUGUCUCUUGCUGGUGAGCACUUACUUGUACAGUUCUAUGCUUUUAUUCCUCGUGUUUGUUAGGAGUGCACCCAUCCGCAGCGCAAGCAAGGAAGGCACCACCUCGUUCUGGCCGGCACCACGUUCAUGGUGAGUGUCCGCUGAUCGCCACAUGACUCAGUCACUAUUGCGAGAACGUUUGCGAGCAUUUUGACUGCUUUCAAGACCCGCAAAAUAUUUUGUCGUAACCCUACCAAAAGGUGUAAAUUCUCUUCUUUCACGUAAAAAAAUAUAUUUUUUUUUCUAUCGAUCUUUUUCCAUGCCGUAGUUAUCAGCAGUUAAAAGUGUUGGUUUCAGCCAAAACACCAGUUUCUGACCAAAAAGCGGAGAAAACCAGCUUUUUGUGAAAAGCAAGAACAAACAUUCACUUUUAACAUUUGUUGUUUUUGUGAUACCUCCAGCGAUAAAACAGCAGAAAAAAACACUGAGAAAGGGGAAUUUGAUGUAAAAAAAAAAAAAAAAAAAGAUAUACAUAUAUAUAUAUUCCAGAUAUACAACGAAGAAACGUAGUGAGUGACGCUGACUCACCUCAUGGCUUGAUUUGAACGUCAGUGGCUUUUUUACGGCAUUCGUCAUUCACUCUGAACUGCUUCAUCUUUUUUGGCAAUCGCGACACACACUUUCUACUACCUACUCCAUCACAUACCUUGUUUAAACCAUACAUAUAGAUGUUCUGUACAUAUACAUGUUCUGUGCAAGUGUGAGGUGCCUAAACUUGUCCAACAUGUUCGCUAUUUUCUUAUAUGGAAAAAGACCUAAAAUGGGGGAGGGAGGUUUAUCAGGUCUUUAAACCAACAAAAAAAGUUGUAUUCCUUUAUUUGUACUGAAAAUAAGUAACAAAUAGGACAUAUGUCUCCAAACGGACGUAAGUUCAUCCAGUGAGGUUGGUGGGUCAUUAAAAAUUGAGCAGUAAGCAACAACCUCUGCUGCUCGUUUGAGAAUCAGACCAAAAUUGUUAUGUGCACCCCUGGAUCUAAACAUCUACGGCAGUGAAUGAGUUAACAGGUCGAGUCAAAAAAUAAAAAUAAAUAAAUAACGCAUUAGGGUUGCUCGUGACCACGCCGGCUGGAACAGGGCAUGCAAAUUUAUAAAGCAUUGCGGCGCUGGAAAUCAGAGCCGAGUCAGUAUUGCGUCUCCAGAACCAAAGUGAACAACUGGACUGACAUUGCCAACAGACGCCUGAUGCCAUUCUGACAGCGGACCGCUGAAGUUUAUAUUUGCAUGAGUACAAAAAGGCUUUUAGUGUCAUGCAUACAAGACACCCAAGCACAGCUCUGCUGCCAAAAUUGGUUUGGCUAUGUUUUAGAUUGAUCUAACAAAGUAUUGCGUGUGGAAAAAGGUGCCUUGGGUCAAUAAAGGUUGGGAAACAUUCCGCCAGUAUUUACAUACUUACAUCCACUCCCUUCUUUAAUUACAUUAUUAAGAGUCUUGUACGAGUUGUUGCAUUAAUUUAGCUGUUUUGUUUUUUCCAAAAAGUGGUUAAUAGAAAUGUAUGUAUUAUUGUUUUAUUCAAUUUUCAUUCAUUUGUUAUUGAAUAUGUGGGGAAUUUAUUCCAUCCAUCCACUUUGUGAGCCGCUUCUCCUCACUCGGGUCGCGGGCGUGCUGGAGCCUAUCCCAGCUGUCAUCGGGCAGGAGGCGGGGUACACCCUGAACUGGUUGCCAGCCAAUCGCAGGCCACAUACAAACAAACAACCAGUCGCACUCACAGUCACACAAUUUAGAGUCCCCAAUUAAUGCAUGUUUUUGUGAUGUGGGAGGAAAAACCACGCAGGGACGGAGAGAACAUGCAAACUCCACACAGACGGGGCCGGGGAUUGAACCCGGGUCCUCAGAACUGUGAGGCUGACGCUCUAACCAGUCGUCCACCGUGCCGGCAGGAAUUAAUUCAUUAUAAUUAAUUUUAAAACACGAAAAUAGAUAAUUUCACAAACCAUUAAAUAAUUGGUUAUUACUGAGCAAAUUAUAUAUAUAUAUAUAAAAAGGUUUUAUUUUAGGUUUUAAGUUUGUAAUAGUUUUUGAGAUAUUGACAUGGGCUGAAAUGGUAUGUAUUGCAAUUUAUUUAGGCAUCUUUUAAUUGAUUUAAAAACAAAGAUUACCUGUUAAAUAACUUUGAUGGUACAUAUACAGCAUCAUAAACAAAUGAAGGAGGCCCAGCAUUUAAAAUUACACGAGUCCAAACAUUGUGCUAAUAUUAGCAGGUAGUGCUAUCCUGUAUAGCUUCCUUUCUACAUCCGCAUUAGAAAAGAGAAAGUGAGGUUUUUUUGAGUGCUCUGAAAUGCUGCUUAAGAUUGGCAUGAAUACCUGCAGUGGGAUCCAAUUAGAAUGCGUUAGCACUCCAUUCGGGCUCAGUCUCAUCUGUUUGCUUUGUCGACACAAGAGCCUGUGAAUGAGAUGUUGUUCAUUAUGCAAACAUUGUAAUUCUAUUCUUGCCAUUUCUUGUUUGUCUCUGUCAAAACUGUAAAUGACGCUCGGGGUGAUAAAUGUGCCGACGGGGUCUGCUUCCCCCUUCGAGCACCUUUCCAUAUGGAGACCGUUGACGACACGCUGAGGGGAAAAUACAAGAACAGCUUGUUCAUUUUUUUAUGGCACUGUAAAGUGUCGGAAAGUGACCCGUCGCUCCCUUAGUUGCUGAUUUCACGCUUCUCAUUUAUAGGUCAGAGAGGCGGUUCACCUGAAUCAUGCCAUAAAAUGGAACCUUCUCCUUUUGAACUUCUUUUUUAGGCUCCAGAGAGGCUUGACACACUCUUCAUACACAUGCACGGCAAACACACGGACCCUGAAUUCACUGAAUGGUCGUUAUAGGCAGCCAAUGAGGAAGAAGACCCACGAUUGCCAGGAAACAAGUCACGACCUCACACCAUUCUAUGGUACACAACGAAUGAAAAUGUCACCAUUUGUUGACUUUUGUGUGUGUGUGUGUGCGUCUGACCCUAAAUAUGUACAGACAUUUAUAUGGGCACAGGUACAUAGUAUGCGUGUGAAUGUCUCCUUUUAUUUGUCUGUUUCUGUAUAGCUCCCCACUUGUAAAUUGUGACAAAAGUACACGUCCAAGAGUUUGUAAGCUGUAACUUUCUGAAUACUGUUGUACUAAAAUGCACAUAAUAAACGCCUU